ACCGGCAGCGGUCAAUCCUUCGGAGAUGGCUUCCGAUAUCCCUGGAUCAGUGACUUUGCCAGUUGCCCCCAUGGCAACAGGGCAGGUGAGAAUGGCAGGAGCCAUGCCUGCUAGAGGAGGAAAGAGGCGUUCAGGAAUGGACUUCGAUGAUGAAGAUGGUGAAGGCCCCAGCAAAUUUUCAAGAGAGAAUCACAGCGAGAUUGAAAGACGUAGAAGGAACAAGAUGACCCAGUACAUCACAGAGUUGUCAGACAUGGUUCCUACAUGCAGUGCUCUAGCUCGAAAACCAGAUAAGUUAACCAUACUACGCAUGGCAGUCUCACACAUGAAGUCCAUGAGGGGUACUGGAAACAAAUCUACUGAUGGAGCCUAUAAACCUUCAUUUUUAACAGAGCAGGAACUAAAACAUCUCAUUCUCGAGGCUGCUGAUGGAUUUCUGUUUGUAGUUGCGGCUGAAACUGGGAGAGUCAUCUAUGUGUCUGAUUCAGUCACACCAGUUCUGAAUCAACCCCAGUCUGAGUGGUUUGGUAGCACCCUUUAUGAACAGGUUCAUCCAGAUGAUGUGGAAAAACUGAGAGAACAGCUAUGCACUUCUGAAAACUCAAUGACAGGUCGGAUUUUGGAUCUGAAGACAGGGACCGUCAAGAAGGAAGGUCAGCAAUCGUCUAUGAGAAUGUGCAUGGGAUCCAGACGCUCUUUCAUUUGCAGGAUGAGGUGUGGAAAUGCCCCUUUGGAUCAUCUUCCUCUAAACAGGAUAACCACCAUGAGGAAAAGAUACAGGAAUGGUCUAGGCCCAGUUAAGGAAGGAGAGGCACAAUAUGCUGUAGUCCAUUGCACUGGAUACAUCAAAGCCUGGCCUCCAGCAGGAAUGACUAUACCUGAAGAAGAUGCUGAUGUGGGACAAGGCAGUAAAUAUUGCCUUGUGGCAAUUGGGAGACUUCAGGUAACUAGCUCUCCUGUAUGCAUGGACAUGAAUGGGAUGUCUGUCCCUGCUGAGUUCUUAUCCCGACACAACUCUGAAGGAAUCAUCACAUUUGUGGAUCCAAGAUGCAUCAGUGUUAUUGGCUACCAACCACAGGAUCUUCUGGGAAAGGACAUUUUGGAAUUCUGCCAUCCUGAAGAUCAGAGCCAUCUAAGGGAGAGUUUUCAGCAGGUUGUUAAGCUGAAAGGUCAAGUACUAUCAGUCAUGUAUCGAUUUCGGACCAAAAACCGGGAAUGGAUGUUGAUCAGGACCAGCAGCUUCACUUUUCAGAAUCCUUAUUCUGAUGAGAUUGAAUACAUCAUCUGCACCAACACAAAUGUCAAACAACUUCAGCAACAACAGGCCGAACUAGAAGUACACCAGAGAGAUGGAUUGUCAUCAUAUGACUUAUCUCAGUCUUCUUUGAUUUUCCUAGCGGAGAAAAAGAUGAUGGCGUCUGCCUCCGCAGCUGGGAACCAGCAGCUUUACUCACAAGGAAGCCCAUUCCAGCCAGGUCACUCGGGAAAGGCAUUCAGCUCUUCAGUGGUUCACGUGCCUGGAGUCAAUGAUAUUCAGUCCUCUUCUUCAACAGGCCAAAAUAUGACGCAGAUUUCUCGUCAGAUAAAUCAGAGUCAAGUUGCCUGGACUGGGAGUCGUCCUCCAUUUCCUGGACAGCAAAUCCCAUCGCAGUCCAGCAAGACUCAGUCUUCUCCCUUUGGGAUUGGGACCAGCCACACCUACCCAGCUGACCCAUCCUCCUACAGUCCUCUCUCCAGUCCAGCUACUUCUUCACCCAGUGGGAACGCCUACUCCAGCCUCGCGAACAGGACCUCGGGGUUUGCUGAAAGUGGACAAAGUAGCGGGCAGUUUCAAGGGAGGCCUUCAGAGGUCUGGUCGCAGUGGCAAAACCAGCAUCAUAAUCAGCAGAGCAGUGACCAACAUUCACAUCAGCAGCCCAAUCAGACUGAAGUAUUCCAGGACAUGCUCCCGAUGCCAGGAGACCCAACCCAGGGAACAGGCAAUUAUAAUAUUGAAGACUUUGCUGAUCUAGGCAUGUUCCCACCAUUUUCUGAAUAACGUCUAAGAGGAA